AACGACACGCAUGCGGGAGUCGUGCACUAUCCAACAGCAUGGCGAUCUUUCGGAGAUCUCUUUUCAAUACUAAAGAGCUAAUGAAGUUGUUCAAACCACCCCUGCGACGUUUUGUUGGAGUCUCAAUUGCAGGCUUUCCAGAAAGUUGUUCGCUUAAUCCGAGUCACCGCUCUUAUAGUAGUGUCGCCCCGUCCGGAGAUCACCUAUUAUACACGGAAGACCAUUUUGCUUUAAGAGCGUCUCUGAGAAAGAUUAUUGACAAAGAAAUCAAUCCAUUUGUGGACAAAUGGGAAGAAGAGGGACAAUUUCCAGCACACCAAGUUUUUAAAUCACUUGGAGAGGCUGGAUUUCUUGGAGUAGACAAGCCAACCGAAUAUGGUGGCCUAAAUUUGGAUUUUUCCUACAUCAGUGCAGUGGCAGAAGAACUUGGAUUUGUUCACUGUGGGGCUAUUCCCAUGGCUAUUGGGGUACAGAGUAGUAUGGCUACACCAGCUCUUGCAAGAGCUCCUAUCAAAAACCUGGGAAGAAAAUACCUACCAUCCAUGUACUCACCAUCAUACAGUUGGACUCUUCACAUUCCAUAUCACUUUUCCCCCUUGUGCACAGAUAUCAAGACCAAAGCUGUAAGAAAAGGCGAUGAUUAUGUGAUAAAUGGUAGCAAAAUGUGGAUCACUUCUGGAUUUCAGGCAGACUGGAUGUGCCUCUUGGCAAACACAAAGGAUGGACCAGCCCACAAAAAUAAAUCUCUCCUAUGUCUGCCAAUGAAGUUGCCUGGUAUUCACCUUGCUAAGAAAAUUGACAAGCUUGGUAUGAGAGCAUCUGACACAGCAGAUAUCUUCUUUGAAAAUGUCAGAAUUCCCAGCAAAUACCUCAUUGGAGAAGAAGGAAUGGGGUUUAAAUACCAGAUGUUGCAGUUCCAAGAAGAACGAAUAUGGAUAGUAGCCUCAUCACUGUCAGCUUUAGAAAUCCUGAUAAAAAAAACUAUUGAUUAUACUUCUCAAAGGAAAACAUUUGGCCAGCCAAUACUUCAUAAUCAAAUAGUGCAUUUUCGCCUGGCUGAACUAGCUAUGGAAUUGGAACUCCUUCGUGCAUUGCUAUAUGAGGCAGUAGGUCUCUACUUACGCGGAAAUGAUGUGACCAAACUUAUAUCCAUGGCCAAGUUAAAGUGUGGUCGCCUUUGUCGAGAGAUUUCGGAUAGUUGUCUCCAGUUCUGGGGAGGAAUGGGGUACACUAAUGAAGUGCUAGUGAGUAGAAUCUACAGAGAUUUAAGAUUGGUAUCAAUAGGAGGAGGUGCUGAUGAAAUCAUGCUGUACAUUAUAUGCAAAUACAUGGGUAUCUUGCCCCAAACGAAAAAGAAUGAGCCCUAGGAUUUUCAGAACUCUAUAACACAAUUAUGAUGAAAAUGAUCUUAACCUCAGUCAGCCUAAUCGUACUCUUCAAAUGGUUUAAAGCAGGGAUGUUAAACAGUUUUCACUGGCAGAGGGUUGUAGGAGGCCGUCAUAG